UCAAAUAAGGACGUAGAAUGGCGUAUGGACUAGUGUACAGAUCCAAUGAGCCAUAAGAGUACCGAAUCAAACCAAAUUUGACAAAAUUUAUUUUCUGAUCAGUAAAGUAUCUCAACAAGCAAGAAGCUGAGAAAUGCAGCGCGUAGGAGUGCGAGUUGUCCGUAAUAUUUUGUGCAGCAGGUCGUACACCACUGCACAGGUACAAGAGCAAGUAGUUUCUAUUACUUUCAAGGUGCAAGACAUAAAGGAUUUCGACGAACGCGUAAAGAACUCUAAAGUGCCAAUUAUCGUUGACUUUUUUGCUACAUGGUGCAAUCCCUGCCGUAUGUUGACACCGAGAAUAGAAACGGUUAUUGCUGAAAAACAAGGCAAGAUACUGCUGGCCAAAGUCGAUAUCGAUGAGAACAGUGAUCUCGCUCUGGAUUAUCAAGUUGGCUCUGUACCUGUACUCAUGGCUAUGAAAGAUGGUAAAGUCCUGGAGAAAAUGGUUGGUCUUCAGGACACCGACAAGCUCCGACAAUUUGUCAACAAGUAUGCAGAAUAGCUAACUAUUCUGUUGAUUAUUCUUAAUAGUAAAUUCUUGUACAGAUAAUUAUUUCUUGUAUACAUAAUAAAUUUUGCAGCUUAUUGUUUAUAGUUUACAAAAUUUUCUAGUUUGUAAACACAUUGAACAAUUGACAAAUCUAUUUUUUUCAUAUACACAUACACACACAAGUCCUGUUCUUUAAGGUUGCAGAUUUAAUUAAAAAAUAUAUAAAAGCUGUAUUGUAUGUUGUAUUUUAAAUGUCUUCUUUUAUGUAAUAAAUUCAAAUUAUCAAUGA